AGCAGUGUUGUGGCCCAAGGCAGCAUCUUGCAAUACACACCAGACCCGAAAGGAUGGCGAGCCUCGCGGGCGUCAGUCUCCCGGCCGUCGGCGAGGAGUGCUCGCGACCGAGGCCAGCGGCAGCUUGGGCAGAGAAAUCCAGCGUGGUUCCUGCGCCGAAGCAACCAUCGGCCCCAAAGAUGACCCGCGGGCGCCCCGGUGCGGGCAGGUGGUCAAAGGAGGAAUCAGUACCCAUACCCCAUGCCGCUACCCUUCCCUCGUUUUCGUUUUUUGUUCCCAACCAUCCUGUGGUGUUGGGUCCUCGUUUUGAAGAGACAGCGCCCCGCCGGUACCCACAAUGCGGUAUUCGCAGCUGCAUAUGGUUGGGUUUUUCGUCAGGCUAAUUGGAUAUUUUGGGAGAGAUCCGGGAUUAGCGGUAUCAGUUCGAUUCGGUAACCCCAUCAUCGCGGGCAGGUGGCUACAUCAUUCGGUGCCGCGCCAGCCGCCUGGCGACCCCCCCGUUGGCAGGAUCCGUAGGCCCCUUGGUCUUUGUCGUGCUGAGCCUCAAGAUUCAUUGACAUUCAGCCGCCUUCCGGAGACGAAGGGCCUCUUCACGGGGAUCUCCAAGCUUCGCCCCGGCAACAAGUUCACGUCGCCCGAGUUGUUGCCCAGAAUUGAGUUGACCAGCGAUUCGGCAAUGAGCAACCACACGAGCGACAGCGAGUCGACCUCCGAUCUCUUCGAGGAUUCCCCGAAGUUCUCCAAGGCGGGCAUGAUAUUCCAUCGGACCAGCGGGAUCGCCAGCGAGGAGUGCCCCACCGUGUUGCCGGGAAUCGCCCACCCCAGCGGCCAGCCCGUCCUGCCAGAGGGCACGUCGCCCGACCUCGACGGCCGCACGGGUUCCCCGUGCCGCGCGGGCCCGAGCCAGCUCGGCAGUGAACUGACGGGGCGGCCCACGCGCCCACACGCCCGUGCCGCGCGGGCCCAAACCUACCCUUUCAGCGCCAGGAGGUCGCUGUCGGCGAGGGGCAGCAGGCGCCCGAGCGAUUCGUUUCAGGGGUAGCUGGGGAGCAGCUCGGGGUUACCAGCCUGGAGCAUUGUCCCCAUUCGUAGGAUUGGCACCGCCCGGCUUCGAUGCCGAUGCCACGGAUGGGAUCCCCUCAGUUUCCGAGGGCACAUCCCUAACAUCGCCUGUGGGUUUGGCCUGGGGCUGGGAAUCGGGUCGAAGCUGGUCACUGGGCGGCAUGUGUAUGAGCUUUUGGGCAACGUCCGAGGCCGCCGGCCGCGCCGCGGGCCAUGCGCAGAGGGCAACCAGCAGGGUCUCGCAGAGCCCGCGGGCCCGAUGCGCAACUGCGUUGUUGAGUGGGCCAGCUCGUGGCUUCAGAGGCCAGGGUAUCGCCCGCUCGUCGUGUUUAGGAUAUGUUUAGUAUCCUCUCCCCCUGUAUUUCGUCCUCUUCUCGGCUGCAGGCCGUUCCUGCACAGCCAUCUGCAUUUGUAUGGAGGGCGCUUGCGUCGAACAAUCGCAGCUUUCUUCCGGAUGAGAUCUGCCGCGUGGCCAGGAGAUUGGACUAGGUGUUGGGCAAACGUCAAGAGCCUCGCAGCCCAAAUCAUUCACACGUCCACGUGCCCCAGGAGCCUGAGAGCGCGGGUCACUGGUAUGUCUACGCAUUCGAGGAUCAUCGUGCAGAACCGUUGGCUCCGAGCAUGCUUUAUGCAUGCAUCGCACUGUCCGUGACUGAUACUCAACAGGGGGCCCGCCGAAUUCAGCCAGCAGAGCGGGAGUCACGGCGAGCCCCCAGGGGACGCUCGCACGCAGUUUUUGCAAUCAGUGUGGGGCACGGCUUCGACGAAAGCCAGUACAACUGUUUGUUUUGUUCUCAGGACCAUUUUGGUAUCCCUCGGGGGGACAGGUGGCCUUUGGAGCCGUCAGACUGCCUUUAAGGACGUAUUAUCUCCGAAGUGCGGGAGUGGUUUGCCGAAUCGAAGUUCCCUUCAACCGUCU